UUUCUCAUAUUUUCAAUCAAAGUAAUUAUAUUUUAAUAAGGAAUUAUAAAAUUAAUUACAUUUUUAAAUUAGUUUCUUAUUAAGUUUUCAAAUGAAUUCCUUUAAAAAUCAUGUAACAUUUUUUUUCAUUUAAUAAAACAUGUUAAUUUUUUGUCUACUGAAAAAGCGUAUCCCAAUAAUCAUGUUAUAUGUACGUGGAGUCACAUUGCUGUACCGUGAUUUCAGUGACGGCCAUGAACGGCCUACCAUUUUAAUGCAUUAAAUAACACUCCAACAAUUUGUAUCUUUAAAUUUAUUCAAAUAAUUUCAAUGAACACUUUUCCGAACCACCAUUGAGGUAAUGUUUUUUAUAGUGGUGUCCAACAUAGGCCUAGUCCACAUUGCAGAUCCGAAUACUUGACACAGUGUCCUAAUUAACAACUUUGCCGACAUCGGAGGAAUUCUAUAUGAGAAAAUCGCGACGGUUUUUUUUUCAUGCCAAAUUUUACUUGUUGCAUUUAUUUUUUAAUUUGUACUUACACGAUGUUUUGAUUUCAUAUUUAACAUACAUCAUGACUUGCUCUUCGGCAUUAUUACAUGAAAUUUAUUACAUGAAAUUUAAAGACAACUCGAUUUUAUAGCAAUUAUGAGAGAAGCACACUUGUUUUUUAUAGCAAAACCGGGAACUUUGAAAUUCAAUUACAAGAGAACCACGUCCGGCCGCGAAGUUCUUUAUGCACAGGAUAAUUUUUUCCCAAAUUUCGGGGGUGAGUCCCCUAAAUAUUUAUAUUUUACGUUUAUAUUAUUAAGUUUGACAUAAGGUUCUAUUGAUUUAAUACUUUGGCGAUAUUAUAAACUAAAAUAAUCUUAGAAGGAACAGAGUUGCCGGACUUGGUAAAACGCAUAAAUCACUUUGACUGCGACUUUGGUUCCCGGUAUAAAAUCCUUUCUUGCAUAUUUUUUAGACCUCUAUCUAAUCCCAUUCUUCUCACCUCUUAGACCUUUUCCCUAAUAUUAAUACCCAAAAAAAUGUAAAAAAAAAUUUUAAUUUUCGCGACCGUCUGGCAGCCUUCUGUGCGGCCACACUGGAAUUAAGUCAUAUUACUUUCCUCGAGGGGAACUCAGUCGUGCCUGCUGAUCGCGGCGGGGAACUAUGAAAUACACUGCAGAUACAGAUACGUAGGGCCCACAGAUUCCGCGGCAGGCGGCGCAACAGUUUCUAGUCACCCACUAUCCUCAAGUUAAACCCGUGAUUACAUGGCCACCUCGGAUUUCGUUUUGGGAGGUCUGGCCUCAGUGGGCGCCACCUUCUUCACCAAUCCCAUCGAGGUGAUCAAGACCCGCAUCCAGCUGCAGGGCGAGCUGGCGGCCAGGGGAACCUAUGUGGUACCCUACAAAAGCAUCGUCCAUGCCUUCGUCACGGUGGCCAAAAACGAUGGCAUCCUGGGCCUCCAAAAGGGUCUGGCUCCCGGGCUGUACUUCGCGUUCGUCAUCAAUUCCUUCCGUCUCAGCAUUUAUUCGGAGGCAAUGGAGCGCAAGUGGAUGCACAACCGGAAUGGCGAGGUGUCCUACGGAUUGGGACUCAUGUGGGGCGCAAUCGGCGGCGUCGUGGGCUCCUACUUUUCCAGUCCAUUUUUCCUGAUCAAAACGCAGUUGCAGUCGCAAGCCGCGAAGCAGAUCGCAGUGGGCUACCAGCAUGCCCACACUUCCAUGAGCGAUGCCCUGCGGCAGAUCUAUACCAAAAAUGGAGUGCGAGGACUCUGGCGGGGAUCGGUGGCCGCUCUGCCCAGAGCCGCUCUCGGAUCGGGAGCCCAGAUAGCCACCUUUGGCAAGACCAAAGCACUCCUGGUGGAGUACGACCUGGUGACGCAGCCCACCUUGAACUCCUUUUCGGCUGGCCUGAUAGCGGGCUCCAUUAUGUCGGUGGCCAUAACGCCGCCAGAUGUGAUCUCCACCCGUCUCUACAACCAGGGGGUGGACGCCAAGGGACGUGGUCUGCUCUAUCGGGGUUGGCUGGACUGUUUCGUAAAGAUCCUGCGAUCCGAGGGUGUCUACGGUAUGUACAAAGGAUUCUGGGCCAACUACCUGCGCAAUGCCCCUCACUCAACGUUGGUGCUGCUAUUCUUCGACGAGCUUAUCGCUCUGCGCACAAAGUAUAGUCAUCAAUGAUCCCAAAGAUCAGUAGAUAGGUAGCAUUACUUUAAGUACAAAAUUGUUCAACUCGUUUGUAAUACCCGAACUUAUAUAUUUUCUUUACUUUCUUAAGCUAAGUUCAGAUAGACAUAAUUUUUAUGCGAGAUAACACACUUUUAUAAUUAUGUUUUGUAUGUAUGUCUGAACUCGGCUUUAGUCUGUAGCGAGUGGCUAAAAUUGUAGUUGCAAUCUCUUAGCUUAGCAAAGCCCCAGAACCUAUUUGUGCCUUCGGUAAGCUAAUCUUAGAGCUGUUCCUGUAGCCAUUAACUGUGCAAUAUUUUGGUGAAAUAAACCAGUUAGUUUGUUACUUUUA